AUGUUGGAACACAAAAAAGAAAAAAUGGAACGUCACAUAUCUUUAAUGGAAAGUGAAAGAACGGGAAUUCUGUGGAAGUCGGAGAAGGUGGGUGAAAAAAAAUUUAAAAUCGAUUAUACAUAGCCAGAAAAAACUCAGUUAUUGUUGACUUAAGUUUCUUCGAUCAAAAGCUUUGAGAAAAAAAAUGGCCAAACAAACGUUUACUUUUUAAUUAGGCUCCCAAGUUUCCGAAUACGCCAGAAGAGUCUCAAAUAGUUUUCCCUGUGCCUUGAAAGCCUGUUAGGUUAAUUUUGAGUUGCCAUAAAAACCAUUAAUCUGUUUAGAUGUCUGAGAGGAACUUUGGUCGUCACGAAAGUCUUAGUAUAGGUGGCUUUUUUGCGUCUCAUCCGAAAGUGUUAGCUACCAUUAUGGGUCCGGCGAAAGUUUGAGAACAUGAAGUAGCCUUAAUUUCAAAUUUAGAAAAUUACAUGGGACAUUUUGUCUUUAUAACGAGAUUUUUAGGAGACCUUUUUUAUUAAACACAAUAUAUUAGUAUUAAAAUGUGGAUAACACAACCUCCGAAAAUCGUAGUUAAUCUGUUAGAGAACCUCCAAAUAUUUCACACGAAUGGAACGGUUGUCCUUGGAAAAGUUAUUUUGACAGAAAAAUGUCGCUGGGUGCCACUGAUGUCUCAGCAGACAGAGGAUAGAGGACAGAAAAAUAAUGAUUGUUUUUCAAAACUGUUAUUGCAGGGACGAUUGGCCGUUCUUCCACAUCGUUCACCAUCAGAACAGUUCGUCCUAACGUGGACAGGACUGGAUGCAGGAUCAGGCCCUUUAGCCUCACCAGUCUUUGUUAAACUUGAAAGGAGGUGGAGGUUAUACUUCCAAAAAGGCUUAGUGCGCCUGAAAUACAUCCAGGGGUUGGAGGACAUUGCUGUCGUCCCAAGGCAAGUAUUUGUUGACGGCUCUAGCAAUAAUCGGCCAUUGUACAGCUGUCUCUACGUUAAGUAAAAACCGUACCCUUAAUAACAAAGAUACUGAUUGACGAGAACCGAAAUAGUUUAUGCGAAUUCAGUAUUAUGUCUUCAUAUGUAAUAGGGUAAACAAGAGAACGACAACGUAUCGCAAAUUGUAUAAUGCACUAUAACCAAAAAAGAAAGUUUGUUCUUCUUUCCCAAAUGUAUCCUCCUUCAUCGCGCGACUUUUUCUUUUCCUCCUUUUCCAAGGAAGGAUUGUUUCCAUAAAUAGUUAACAAUGCCGUUGUCGACCUCGCGAAAAAUUUUCCCGCCAUUAGAUGGGGUUCCAGACUCAAAGUAUUGAAGAUUGUUACUGGAAAUAAUAGAUUGUCAAUUAACCAAAUUGUUAUAUUUUGUUUUGACAGUUUUUUCGUGAAACCAAGUGACGAGAAAACCCAAGCAUACUUGGACUUGGAGGGUCCUAAGUAUAUACUUUUGAAAGAGGGGGAGUACAUAGAAAUAAGAAUCAAGUCGGAAACUCCCCCUAAAUCCAUAACUGCGAAAAUAGCAGUUGUAAAUCCCACGUAUUUAUAA